AUGGCGUUAUCUGACGUUCAGUCAGCACCUCAGUUCUCUGAGGAGCCUCGGGUUGCGACAUCCGAGGAGACAUCAUCUCUGAAGCCGCCAUCAGCUCCUCCAAACGCAGCUUUUCCAACUAAGAAUGAUCUCUGGUACACAGUUCCACAGAUUCAAUUAGGGGAAGAGCGGGAUGUGGAGGUUAGGCCGAAGUGGGCCAGACUGGCAGGAUGCGGGAGUGAAAAUCAGUUUCCCACUGUAUUUGCGAGUCUAUCUGAUUUAGAUCAAGAGGACUUUCCAAUGGAGAACCUCCCCUCACCUGCUCCUGUGUCUGCUCCAGUCUCUGAGGAGCCUCGGGUUGCGGCCCUCCCCUCACCUGCUCCUGUGUCUGCUCCAGUCCCUGAGGAGCCUCGGGUUGCGGCCCUCCCCUCACCUGCUCCUGUGUCUGCUCCAGUCCCUGAGGAGCCUCGGGUUGCGACAUCCGAGGAGACAUCAUCUCUGAAGCCGCCAUCAGCUCCUCCAAACGCUUUUCCAGCUAAGAAUGAUCUCUGGUACACAGUUCCACAGCUUCAAUUAGGGGAAGAGCGGGAUGUGGAUGUUAGGCCGAAGUGGGCCAGACUGGCAGGAUGCGGGAGUGAAAAUCAGUUUCCCACCGUAUUUGCGAGUCCAUCUGAUUUAGAUCAAGAGGACUUUCCAAUGGAGAACCUCCCCUCACCUGCUCCUGUGUCUGCUCCAGUCCCUGAGGAGCCUCGGGUUGCGGCCCUCCCCUCACCUGCUUCUGUGUCUGCUCCAGUCCCUGAGGAGCCUCGGGUUGUGGCCCUCCCCUCACCUGCUCCUGUGUCUGCUCCAGUGCCUGAGGAGCCUCGGGUUGCGGCCCUCCCCUCACCUGCUCCUGUGUCUGCUCCAGUCCCUGAGGAGCCUCGGGUUGCGGCCCUCCCCUCACCUGCUCCUGUGUCUGCUCCAGUCCCUGAGGAGCCUCAGGUUGCGGCCCUCCCCUCACCUGCUCCUGUGUCUGCUCCAGUCCCUGAGGAGCCUCGGGUUGCGACAUCCGAGGAGACAUCAUCUCUGAAGCCACCAUCAGCUCCUCCAAAUGCUUUUCCAACUAAGAAUGAUCUCUGGUACACAGUUCCAAAGCUUCAAUUAGGGGAAGAGCGGGAUGUGGAUGUUAGGCCGAAGUGGGCCAGACUGGCAGGACGUGGGAGUGAAAAUCAGUAA